AUGAUAUAUAUAGGGCUGUGAUUUUGACAGUCUAAUAGCCCUAGUACAGUCUAAACAUGUUAAAAUCUAGAUAUCUAGUCUAACAAGCCAGGUUGCCUAGUGACUUGAUAGGGAGAUACAAGAGAGAUUGUUAGAAGAAAAAUAAAUCUGUUACAUUGAGAACUUGCAUGCUCAACAUGGACAAGCCUCAGAUUAUUCUUCAUGUUCAGAAGAGCGUCAACUAUACAUUGUAUGACACUAAGUGGAUUCCAUGCAGUGCUAAAUUUGUUGCACUUGGAAACUAUUCCCGUGGAACUGGUGCUAUUCAAAUUUAUGAAAUCUCUCAAGGAGACGUUCAAAUUGUUCGAGAUGUGGAAAAAUCAAAAGCAUUUAAGUGUGGUACAUUUGGUGCAUCAAGCUUACAAAACAGAUAUUUAGCCACAGGAGAUUUCUCAGGGAAAUUACAAAUAUGGGACUUAGAAACACUGGAUCUACCACUCUAUUCUGCCCAAGCUCAUAAAGAAAUUAUAAAUUGUAUUGAUGGAGUUGGAGGACUUGGUGUUGGUGAAGGGGCGCCUGAAUUAGUAACUGGAAGUCGAGAUGGUACUGUCAAAGUAUGGGAUCCAAGACAAAAAAAUGAGCCUGUGGCCACUAUGGAACCUGGGGAAGGAGAGACUCAUCGAGAUUGCUGGACUGUUGCAUUUGGUGAUUCUUACAAUGCUCAAGAACGUUGUGUUGCUGCUGGUUAUGACAAUGGAGACAUCAAAUUAUUUGAUCUAAGGAACAUGAGUUUAAAAUGGGAAACAAAUGUAAAAAAUGGGGUUUGUUGCUUAGAGUUUGACCGUAAAGAUAUUGCUAUGAAUAAAUUGGUAGCUACAACACUGGAAUCUAAAUUUCAUGUCUUUGACAUGAGAACACAACAUCCAAGUAAAGGAUUUACUAGUUUAACUGAAAAGGCUCACAAGUCUACUGUUUGGUUGGCACGUCACUUACCACAGAAUAGAGAUGUUUUUAUGACUUUAGGUGGAAAUGGUUCACUACAUUUAUGGAAAUACUCAUACCCAUCAUCUCGAUCAAGAAAAGACACUGAUGGACAAGAAAUAGGAGUGGCAGGAACUGUUGACCUCUUACAGAAUGUCACAUUAUCUACUCAGCCUAUUAGCAGUUACGACUGGAGUCCAGAUAAAAUGGGCUUAUCAGUAUGCACAGCCUUUGACCAGACUAUUCGUGUAAUAAUAUGCACAAAACUCAAUACUUUGUAGCAUCUUGUUUUUUAAGCAGCAAUGUACAUUUCAUUCAUGAACAAAUUUGUCUUUGUUUUAAAAUGACAUUAAACUAUUAUUGAAAAACAAAAA